AUGAUGAGCAUGCUAAGAAGAGAUCCCAUUCCCCAUAUUACACCAUUGCCUUUAUUUGAUGAGGAAAAGGAAGGUAAUGACUUAGAGGAUAUCCAUGGACUGGAGAUUAAAAAUGAUGGUGAGGGGAUUGAUGAUGCAGAGAUUGGGGAAGGGAUAGAGCUAGGAGAAAGUGGAUUAGAUGGACAGGAGGGGAGGGAUGCAAGUGAAGAGGAUAAUGAAGAUGAUCCAUUAGGUCUCGGUGAUGGUUCAGAGACAGACUCUAGUACAUAUAGUCAGGAUCUAACAGAGAGCGAUGAGGAAUUAGUGAAGGCAGCCGUUGUUGGGGAUAUAGAACAGGGAGUUCAAGGACAUUUUGAACUAGGUAUGACCUUUGCAGGGGCAAAGGAGGUUAGAGAUGCUCUUAACACUUAUUCUGUGAAUUUUGGCUAUAAGCUUAAGUUCUUAAAGAAUGAACCUAAGAGGGUGAGGGUGGUUUGUAUUGGUGACAGUACUUGUCCAUUUCUAUUUCUUGCAUCAAAAGAUGGGGAUACAGAGGGUCUUAUUGUUAAGACAUUGGUGGCAGAGCACACAUGUUGUAGGCAAAGACAAGUGCCUAGUGCUUCUCAGGCCUAUCUUGCAAAUUUUUUCAAAGAUGCAAUCUAUAGAAAUCCUAGGUUUACAUCUAAGGAUAUACAGGGGCAUGUGAAAGAUCACCUAAAACUCCAUGUCAGUCUUGGCAAAUGCAAAAGAGCAAAGAGGACUAUCCUCAAUGCACUGCAGGGAAGCUAUGUAGAGGAGUUCAAAUGCCUUGUUGGCUAUAUUGACAAGGUGAAGGAGACAAAUCCAGGGAGCAAAGUGGAACUCCAACUAUCCAAGGAUGAGUUGUCUAAUGGCAGGAGGGUGUUCAAGAGGAUCUUUGUCAUGCUUGAUGCAUGUAAGAAAAAUUGGCUAGGUGAGUGUAGGCCUUUGAUCUCCCUGGAUGGAUGUCAUUUGAAAGGGGUUACUUUCGGUUGCCUUCUCACAGCAGAUGGAAAUGAAGGGAUUGUUCCUAUUGCUUGGGCACUUGGUGAUGGAUCAAGGGUGACUCUAAUAUCAGACAUGCAAAAGGGAUUGAUGAAAGCAGUGAAAGAGCAAGCACCAGAGGCCGAGCAUAGAUGGUGUGCAAGACACAUCUAUGCUAAUUGGAGUAAGAAAUGGAGAGGUGCUGAGCUGAAAAAGAGGUCCUGA